ACCAAUUGCCACUGGAUCGAUUGUAACCGAGAGUUUGAAACACAAGAUGAGCUGGUCAAAGUAAGUCUCCCACACCAUGGUGCAUGAUGGGAGUUGGUUAGCUGUCAGACAUGUGUUAGCUUAGAACUUCUCCUGUUAUAUGAAAAUUAAUUUUAUUAGCAUCAUCAAUGUGUCAAGACAAAACACAAACAUUCUAUAAAAUACUUAAUAAAAUAAUGACAUAAUAAAAAGAAAUGCUUGACUAUAAUUCAAUGGCAAUGUUUAUAAGUUCUUAAAAAAUCCAUUACAUGAAUGCUGGUGUUUACGAGCCAUAAUGAAAAAUGUUUUUUUUCUACAAAUCAGAAAAAUAUGUUUCUAUUUUAAAAACUAAUGUUAUAAAUGAAAAACUCCAUCACAGACCAAUGAAUGAAUGUAUCCCUGUAAUGGGUGCAUCAUCAUGUUUCCCUGUAAUGGGUGCAUUGUCAUGUUUCCCUGUAAUGGGUGCAUCAUCAUGUAUCCCUGUAAUGGGUGCAUCAUCAUGUAUCCCUGUAAUGGGGGCAUCGUCAUGUUUCCCUGUAAUGGGUGCAUCGUCAUGUAUCCCUGUAAUGGGUGCAUCGUCAUGUAUCCCUGUAAUGGGUCCAUCGUCAUGUAUCCCUGUAAUGGGUGCAUCGUCAUGUAUCCCUGUAAUGGGUGCAUUUCCAUGUAUCCCUGUAAUGGGUGCAUCGUCAUGUAUCCCUGUAAUGGGUGCAUCGUCAUGUAUCCCUGUAAUGGGUGCAUCAUCAUGUAUCCCUGUAAUGAGGGCAUCGUCAUGUUUCCCUGUAAUGGGUGCAUCGUCAUGUAUCCCUGUAAUGGGUGCAUCGUCAUAUAUCCCUGUAAUGGGUGCAUCGUCAUGUAUCCCUGUAAUGGGUGCAUCGCCAUGUAUCCCUGUAAUGGGUGCAUCGUCUGCCUUAUAACCAAGAGUUUGGGCACUCAAACAAUUAAUGGGUACACAUCUGGUGUGAAUGGACUUGUCAGCCCAUGGGGAGGAAGUUAGCCUCCAUCUCUGAAGCCAGAAGACACUCUCAAACUUUGGUUGGGAUUAAACAAACAUUGGAAGCCUACCAUUAGCCUGACGCAACUUCCAAAUAAAGAUAAGUGUUGAACAAAAACACUGAGGAAAAAAAGGCAAUGAAUGAUCUACAAAGAGGCAAAUUUCAAAUGUCAUCUGGGGCACAUGAAACCCUUUGAUCCACACAAGGCCUUAAGGUGGUCCAUUCAGAGUUGUGACUUUGACUGCUGGGUCAAGCAUCAUUGAUGUGACUUUGACUGCUGGGUCAAGUAUCAUUGAUGUGACUUUGACUGCUGGGUCAAGUAUCAUUGAUGUGACUUUGACUGCUGGGUCAAGUAUCAUUGAUGUGACUUUGACUGCUGGGCCAAGUAUCAUUGAUGUGACUUUGACUGCUGUGUCAAGUAUCAUUGAUGUGACUGUGACUGCUGGGUCAAGUAUCAUUGAUGUGACUUUGACUGCUGGGUCAAGUAUCAUUGAUGUGACUUUGACUGCUGGGUCAAGUAUCAUUGAUGUGACUUUGACUGCUGGGUCAAGCAUCAUUGAUGUGACUGUGACUGCUGGGUCAAGCAUCAUUGAUGUGACUGUGACUGCUGGGUCAAGCAUCAUUGAUGUGACUGUGACUGCUGGGUCAAGUAUCAUUCAUGCAGCUAUGAUGCAUCACUACUCUUGUGUUGAUAUUCUAGGCAUCCGGUUGGCACAGAAUGGGUUCAAUCAUUCAACGUUGUUGUCCCUCUUUUGCAGCAUUUAAAUCAAGAUCACAUUCAGUCCAACAAAAAAUCCUUUGUGUGCAGAUGGCAGGAUUGUAGCAGAGAAGAGAAACCUUUCAAGGCCCAGUAUAUGUUGGUUGUCCACAUGAGGAGACACACGGGAGAGAAGCCACACAGGUGCACAGUAAGUUGUUUUACAUUUACAACCAUAUGCUGAGCCCUGUCUUUUGUUCAAAAAGAUUAUUAUUUCAAUUUGUUGGAGAUUGUUUGAUGGAAAAGUUGGUAAUGCAGCCUUGUCAAGUUUCGAUGACGUUUACGACAAUUUGUUUUCUUGUUUGAAUUGAUUUCUUUUUAAAUUCUCAUUUGUUUUAAAUACCGGUAGGACAAAAUCCACCGACCAUUAAAUACAAUGUUUUUCCUGGCAGUUUGAAGGCUGUACCAAAGCUUACAGUCGGCUGGAGAACUUGAAGACUCAUCUUCGCUCCCACACCGGGGAGAAACCGUACAUGUGUGAGUUUCCUGGAUGUACCAAAGCUUUCAGUAACGCAUCCGACAGGGCCAAGCACCAGAACAGAACACAUUCAAAUGCAGUGAGUACUGAUGGAGAGACCGUCGUUUGUUUAAAGUUAUUCUACAAACGCUGAUUUUUCAUUAAGUUUUUUAAAACUUUCAAUAUUUAAACUUUCAAUUAAUAAUUCUUGGGGAAAAGAAUGUGUAAAUGAUCAUGUCUGAUCUUUCAUUGGUGUAGGCUACAUUAUUUCGCUCCUCCACGUGCUAAAGAUCAAUUAGAUGUGUUAUUUUGGCUUUAGAUGUUCAUUUAAAUGUAAACUGUUUUGAUAGUGCUUUUUUAAAUGGAUGAAAUACACAUUAGACAGCAGUUGUGUGAAUAGUUUUUUCAUAAAGCUGUUUCUAAUGAAAUAAAUGUUUGUAACUUUUAUUAAUGUCAUGAUUAUGUUUGCUAAUAUUUUUAUGGGAAGUGAGGUGAGCCCAGCCCUAUAUAAUCUCACUGUAACAAAAUAAGUUAGAUAAGAUUAGAUAACAUAAUAUGCUUUUAUUGAUCCAAAUGAAGGGAGAUGUGUCAUGAUUGUAUUGCACAUAUUGUGUUCAGUCUUGAUGAAGGGAGAUUUGUCAUGAUUGUAGUGCACAUAUUGUAUUCAGUUUUGAAAGUCUUUGAGUUGUUGUUCUCCAAAGCAUUUAGUUCAUCAUUUUGUGGUCAGAUUAGCUGUUAGGGUCUUGAAGGCAAGUUGAACAGAGUCUGGGCAUCUUGUUCAAAUAGACUUCCCAGCUUUAAUAGAUAAACAUUUCUGUAGCCGAAUUGUCUUUGUUUUUUUUUUCUUUAAUCCUAAGAUGGCAGAUUUGAAUUUGCUUGAAGCCGAUGACUUCCAGAAAAUCUCCAUUUAACAAAAGCUAGUACGAUGAUAAAAACAAGACUAUCAGAACAAAGCUAAUUUGACACAUUUACCACUUCUUGAUUACAAAGAAAAUACCAAAAAAAACUUCAAAACUUUCAAAAACUGAAAAACAAACACAGAUGCAUCUAGUUGCCUGCAGGACAGCGCACGAGAAGUUUUUUUUUUUUUUUUUAAUAUACUCCAAUGAACAAAAAUUUGUUUUACUCUCCGAUGCGUGAAACCCCUCAAAGUCAAUUAUUGCAAGGCUCAAAUCGUUAAAGAAAAUACCAAAAAAAACUUCAAAACUUUCAAAAACUGAAAAACAAACACAAAUGCAUUUAGUUGCCUGCAGGACAGCGCACGAGAAGUUUUUUUUUUUUUUUUUAAUAUACUCCAAUGAUCAAACAUUUGUGUCACUCUCCGAUGCGUGAAACCCCUCAAAGUCAAUUAUUGCAUGGCUCAAAUCGUACUUAGUCUGGUGAGUUUAUCAAAUUAGUGAAUUGGUAGCAGUCUGCAAGACACAUGAAAAAUAUGCUGAUUUGAAAUUCUCGGCUUCGAAUACAAGAAAACCUAAUCUUCACAUCAUUCAGGGUUCCUCCACUUGUGGAAUAAUCAGGCUCAUUAUUGAAACUUGCCAUGGCAAAAAUAACUUUUUUAAAAACUGGAUGUAAUGGUUCACCUUGGUCCAAAACUAUCGUGUCGCCAUAAUGCUAUAAAUAACCAGAAAAAACACCUGACACAGAAUAUUAAUUGGAUAUAAAAAUUUAAAAAAACACUUAUUUUAUUCUUUACAGAAACCAUAUGUCUGUAAGGCGAUUGGAUGUACAAAGCGCUACACAGAUCCGAGCUCAUUACGGAAACAUGUGAAAACAGUCCACGGAGCUGAUUUCUACGCCAACAAGAAACACAAAGGAGAUGGAAGCUGUCAAGUCAAGAAGGAAGAUCCUGAUGGGGUGUGUGGAACAUUGAUCAUUAGUUUUUUUAUAUUUGUCUCUUCGUUUGGUAGCCAGAAAAACAAAUCAUUGUUAGUUGCUUGCAACUGAAAAUAUUCUAUUGUUAAUUCAUAGUGAAUUUCUUAGCAGUCAAAAGCAAAUUGAGUGUAAGUCCACACACAUUAUUAUUUAAUGCCAAAUUUCUCCAUUUUUCUAUUGACAAAAAUAAUCUACAGAAUUCAUAUUUUAUUCUCAAAUGGUUCUAAGCAAUUUUGUAAAAUAUACCAAAAAAAAAAAAAAAAAAUAACUAUUAAAAUUACUAAUCAUUAAUUUUCUGUUUUGCUUACAUUUUUUGCUGAAUCCCAGCUCACUUAUCCCAAUAACCCUUUCCCCACAACCCUAUCACCACAACCCUGUCGCCACAACCCUGUCGCCACAACCCUGUCCCCACUACCCUGUCCCCACAACCCUGUCCCCACAACCCUAUCCCCACAGCCCUGUCCCCACAACCCUGUCCCCACAACCCUGUCCCCACAACCCUGUCCCCACAACCCUGUCCCCACAACCCACCAUUUUGUAUAAUAUAUUAUUAAUUUUUAAUCGCCAGGACAAUGAUGCAUGUGAUACAAGCCGCAGAGGGGAGG